AUGGCAGCCCGCAACACUCUGCGCCGUUCCCUCCUCUACGUCCCGGGAUCCUCCCAGCGCUUCCUCGACAAGUCGCGCUCCCUCACAGCCGACUGCGUCGCCUAUGACCUCGAAGACAGCGUAACUCCACACAUGAAAGCAGAAGCCCGCUCACUAGUGCGGAGAGCAAUCGACCAAGCGGCACCCACAGGAAUCCGCGAACGCGCCGUUCGAAUCAAUUCCGUGGAUAGUGGACUUGCACUGCACGAUCUGACAGAAGUCCUCCAAUCUCCAAACCUCUCAACAAUCGUCAUCCCAAAAGUAAACUCCGCCUCAGACCUAACUUUCGUCUCAGACGUGAUAAACCACAUACUAUCCCAACAACCCCAAACCGAAACCCCAAGACCCCCAAUUUCCCUCCUGGCCCUAGUUGAAUCCGCCAAAUCUCUAACAAACCUAACCCAAAUCUGCGCCGCAACGCCCCUCCUGCAAGGUCUAAUCUUCGCCGCAGAAGACUUCGCCCUAGACCUAAGUAUAACGCGCACACCAUCACUGCGUGAAUUCCUCUUCGCGCGCUCAGCAAUCGCAACAGCAGCGCGCGCGGCCGAACUCACCUCGACCAUCGACCUCGUGUGCACGGCGUUCAAGUCUGAGAGCGGUGAUGGGAAGCCGCCUGCUGUGCUUCGGGAGGAAUGUCUUGAUGGGCGGCGGCUUGGGUUUAAUGGGAAGCAAUGUAUUCAUCCUAGUCAGGUGAAGGUUGCGGAUGAGGUUUUUGGGCCGGAUGCUAUUGAGAUGGAGUGGGCUGUUAGAGUUGUUGUUGCCGACGAGAAGGCUGCGAAGGCUGGACGGGGCGCUUGGACGCUUGAUGGGAAGAUGAUUGAUGUUCCUGUUGCUAUGAAGGCUAAGGCUAUUGUUAGGAAGGCCGAGGAGUGUGGGGUUAAUGUUGUGGAGUUGAGGGCGAAGUGGGAGCAUCAAGAGCCUGAGUAG